UUAGAGGAGAAAAACAAGAAAAAAAAUAUCCUGAACUAAUGGACUGCAGACAUAGUACAGGAGAUGCCCAGAGACUGCGGACAUAGUACAGGAGAUGACCAGAGACUGCAGACAGUACAGGAGAUAACCAGAGACUGCGGACAUCGUACAGGAGAUGACCAGAGACUGCGGACAGUACAGGAGAUGACCAGAGACUGCGGACACAGUACAGGAGAUGACCAGAGACUGCGGACAUAGUACAGGAGAUGACCAGAGACUGCGGACAUAGUACAGGGAUGAUGACCAGAGACUGCGGACACAGUACAGGAGAUGACCAGAGACUGCGGACACAGUACAGGGAUGGUCAGAGACUGCGGACACAGUACAGGAGAUGACCAGAG